CACACACUUAAACUGAGUGACACGCAUUGUCUAUAUUUAUUUUUUAACUCAGACAGCUGCACUACUAACCAAACAAGAGCAGAGCGAGGCAGUGAGAGAAAUAGAGACGGAUGGUGGGGACACGUUCAUUUUUCAGCCACAGGAAGAUCCUGAACUACUGAGCCAAGUACCUGAUCUCCAGGAUUCCUGUGCCUCCUGCUCUGGUUCUGAUCGGAUCAUGGAGGGCGGUGGUGAAGCACCCAUGGGCACCUUCAUCAUGGAUGAGGAGACGCUCAAGAGGAAGCAGAGAGAGAAACUCAAGAAGCUCCAGGCCACAGGUGGAAACCCGCGGCCGGCGCGAUCCCUCCUCUUCCUCACGCUGAAGAACCCCUUCCGCAAGGCCUGCAUAAACAUUGUAGAGUGGAAACCGUUUGAAAUCAUCAUCCUUCUCACCAUCUUUGCAAACUGUGUAGCUCUGGCUGUUUUCAUGCCCAUGCCUGAGGAAGAUACGAAUAACACCAACAGCAACUUAGAGAGUCUCGAGUACAUUUUUCUCAUCAUAUUCACUAUGGAAUGUUUCCUGAAGAUCGUGGCGUACGGGCUUCUCUUUCACGCCGAUGCUUAUUUGCGGAACUGCUGGAAUAUAUUAGAUUUUGUCAUUGUGACAAUGGGGUUGUUCACUGUCGUGGUGGACUUCAUUAAUAACAUCAGCGGCGUGGAGGCGCCGGGUUACCACGUCGGCACAGGUGAGAAAUGA